AUGAUUCCGAACCUUCAUGGGAAACGCGAUCGUUACCUAUACCAUGUUGGAGUAUUCACCGCCGUGUGCGUCGGUGUCGACAUCCUCGUCUCCUGCUCGAGCUGGUUCGCCGAGGUGAGGCUGUUGAACACGAUCGUGCUCGUGGCGCUCUCGGCCAGCGCCUUCUGCGCAGGUUCCCUGACCAGUCGGCGUCAGCACACGGUCGCCAGCAGCGCCGAGGCGCUUCCAAUGAAGAAGGUCGUCCAGACCAGGAGCACUCCCCGUGCAGGCGGGUGCCACGCCGGGCAGAAGGCCCAGGAGCCGGUGCGUGCCACGGCCACGCAGCCCGAGGCCCGCGAGGCGCUGCCCGCGGCACCCGACGACGUCGGCGCGGCCACCUCCGCGGGCGCACGGGCCCCCGCGGAGAGCGAGGGGGGCACGGUGGGGCAGGAGCAGCCCGGGCAGGCGGGGAGCGGCGCGCGCGGCCUCGCCCCGGCAGGAGAACAGAAGAUGGUCUCCCCCGUGGACGCUGCGGUCGGCCAGAGCUUGCCGGCUUGGGGCGUCGAGGUGAGGGCACCAGCAGCGAAAGAGGCACGGGCCCUGGGCGCUGCCACCGAGCGCACGACUCUGCGCGCAGGCUUUGCGGGGCUCUACAAUCUGGUGUACAUGCCGCACGACUUCCAGACCAUGGUGGGCAUGGGAUAUGCCUUUGUCAAUCUCGUCUCCGCGGACGUGCUCCCGCGCUUCAAGCUUGCCUUCGACGGCUUCAGGAAGUGGCCUCGCCCGUCGCAGAAGGUGUGCACCGUCCAGCUGUCCAAAACGCAGGGCCUGGAGGCGAACGUGCAUCGCUACCGGAACAGCCCUGGCAUGGGCCCGGGCCUUCCCGAGCACCUCAGGCCAGACGCCCGCCAGGGUGCUUUUGCGAGGCCCCCGGAGAAGCCCGGGGCUUGCGGGGGGCGGCUCGGCACCCCCGACUCCGGCCGAACCGCAGCGCCGGAGGCGCCGGAGGAGCUGCACGCGAAAUGGGCGCGGCUCCGGGCGCUCGGGGUGGCGGCGGCGGCCGCCGCCUGCAUGUCUGCUAUGCGUCAAGCCAUGGCCGCGCUUGAGAAGUCUAUCACCGUCCACGUGCAGGGACUCAGCUGCCAGGUCGAGCAGCGGCUCGCCAAGCAGGAGGCCACCACCAAGACGCUCCAGACCCGCAUGGACAUCAUGGCGGGCGAGAUCUCCGAACUCAAGAAGGCACAAACUACCACGGGGGAGUCGAGCCCCCUCUACGUCUCGGCGGACAAGAACUUGUGCCAGGUGCGGCGUGAGCUGGCCACCAAACUUGCCAGACGCGCGAUGUCCGAGACCUACCCGAAUGCUCAGCUGCACGCCGACAAGUCGACGGGCAUCAUCAGCUCCAACUGGAAGCCGCUCAUCAGGGUCACGCCCAGGCUUUCUGAACCGACAUUGGUCGAGUGGGAGACGACCAACCUCACCGCAGCGAACAUGUCCCGCGAGAACUUGGAGGAGACGCAUGGCAGUGAGUUCGACGUAGCCGACUUCUUACACUUCUCAGCCUCGGGGUAUGAGGCACACCACUCUUUCUUCUCCGAGCUGAACAAAGGCGGCGUGGUCACCCUGCUGCCUAGGAUCUCUUCUCUCCCUGGGGAUGGUAAGUACGUCGAUUCCACCGUGCUUGUGCAGGGGCGUGCCCUGCACACGAAGAUUUGCCUCGGCUCGGUCAACGGCUCCGUCAACGGCUCCCUCCACUUCAUCUCGCACUUCAACAUCCACAAUUUCGGGCUUACCCCCGCCCAGACCAGCCGCAUCCUGAGCGUCAUCCGCCACGAGCUCGAGAUCGCGAGCCGCGACACGGAACACUACCUGGUCGUCGUCACGGGCGACUUCAACAUUCCGCGUGACGCCCCGCUGCCUGCGCACCCCCUUCCUGGUGGGCUGGCUGAAGACCCUGCCGCGCCCGAGUUCCGCCGGCUGCUCCGCUCACCUUGGCAGCAGAUUUUCAAUGCGAUGGUCGAGCUCGACCCGCAAGACAAUACGCACUACAAUGGCUCUCGCCAACACACAUCCGCCAUCGACCGCAUCUUCAUAUCCUGGCCUGGCUGGAUCCUUACUCUGCUACAUCUGACCUCGGACGUUCGGGACCUCCCUGAAUCACUAGAACAACGGGGCCUCUCAGAUCACGCUCCCAUCCUGGCCUCGCUGCGUGCUCGACCUCCCCCUUCCCUGGACGACAGGCCGAUUCCCAGAUACCUGUUUGAACACCCGCAGUUCCAGAAGUAUGUGGAUGCCACCUGGCCCGCUAUUGAUAUCUCGGAGCUCUCACCCCCACUGGCCCUGGAAAUGUACAAAACCGUCCUGAAGGAGGGGGCCAGGUACGCCAGGGACGCGCUCUUCCAGGUGGCGUGCAAAAUUCAGAGGGGGUUCGUGCCGUCCAGGAACUUUGGGAACAACAUUGUGGAGCUCGAUGGGGCCUCGAGGGAAUACUCCCAGCAGGACGACGUCUCCGUAGCCAUGCCUCUGCUCGUCAGUUUCGAUUUUCAGCAGGCGCUAUGUUGGUUCUUCGCCGAGCUGUACCGCUGCGUCCAAUGCUGGUCGGCCAAUGCGUGUUCCUCGUCUAUCAACAACUCUGUCUAUGGAAACGCUGCGCUGCUCUACUACAUCCAGAGCGGCAUAGUGCAAGGUUGCCCUGGCUCGGGCUUCUUGUUCGCAGUGGCCGCGGACCCGUUCAUGCUUGAUUUCGACUGGAGUAUCAAUCGUCGUGCCCUCGGACUGGUUCGUGCUUGCGCCGACGACGUCGGUGCUGCCAUUAGGACCAUCAGGCUCUACUCGACAAGGGUCACCAGUGUCCUGACGUACGUCGCCCAGUUCAUGCCGCUCCCAGCGGAGAUUCUCUCAGGUACCAGCUGUGGCGGUAGGGCCUUCCCUCUUCCUUUCCCGCUGCAGGGGAGCCUCGAGCUGGUCCUGAGGAGCUUGGCCUCCUCCCCCAGCAAGUUCCAGCGGCACGCGAAGGCCGCCCUGCGCUUCCGGCAGCGCAGGGCCCUGCGCGGGGAGAGGCCCUGCUGCACAGAUGGCGUGCUGGCUGCCGCGGCGCUGCCGCUGCCGACAGCGGUGGGGAUCGCGGUGGAGCAGCUCCCAGUGCCCGUGCCCGAGCCGGCCGUGCCCUGCCCUCGCCUUCCGGGGGGGCAGAGCCGCUCCAUUUCCGACUGCGGCGUCGAGCUCCAGCCAGCCAUGCCUGCCACCUCUGCGAAAGAGCACCUCUCCAUCGUGAUCUGCGGGCAUGUUGACACUGGCAAGAGCACCACCACCGACCGCCUCCACUACGACCUGGGCUGCCUUCCGGAACUCGAACUGGAGCAGUUGAAGAAGGAGGCCGAACGCCUGGCAAAAGGCUCCAUCGCUUUCGCGUUCUAUAUGGACCGUCAGAAGAAGGAGCAGGAGUGCGGUGUGACCAGCGCCUGCACCACCCAAGACUUCUACACCGAGAAGCGGCACUACACCGUCGUCAUCGAUGCCCUAGGCCAUCGCGAUCCCAACAAGGCCGACUACCUUCUGAAGAAGUCAGACAGCAUGGGCUGGUGGAAAGGCUGCGAUGUCAAGUACGGCAAGGAUCGCGACACCGACAGAUACAAGCAGUCCCGCUAUGCCGAAGUCGCGAAAGAGUCGAAGAUCAUGCUGGUCAAGCACGGGUGGAACAAGGACUUCGUCAAGAAGGGCACGCCUGUAAUGCCAAGCUACGGCUGGAUGGGCGAUAACCUGCUAAAGAAGUCUGACAACAUGGGCUGGAGGAAGGACUACGUUGACAAGUACGAGAAGGCCCCAUCCACGUGGACACCGUCUUCGAUGUCCUGGUCGUGA